AUGGCAAGCCUACGAAAAACACACCCUUUAAUUAAAAUUGCUAACGAUGCACUAGUUGACCUACCAGCCCCCUCCAACAUUUCAGUAUGAUGAAAUUUUGGCUCAUUACUAGGGCUGUGUUUGAUUACUCAAAUUCUUACAGGACUAUUCCUAGCUAUACAUUAUACAUCUGAUAUCACUACUGCUUUUUCAUCCGUAGCUCACAUCUGCCGAGAUGUAAAUUAUGGAUGACUUAUCCGAAACAUCCAUGCCAACGGAGCAUCAUUCUUCUUUAUUUGCAUUUAUAUUCAUAUUGCGCGAGGACUAUACUACGGAUCAUACCUCUAUAAAGAAACCUGAAACAUCGGAGUUGUUCUCCUACUUUUAGUUAUAAUAACAGCAUUCGUAGGUUAUGUCCUCCCAUGAGGACAAAUAUCCUUCUGGGGGGCUACAGUAAUUACUAAUCUUCUAUCCGCAGUUCCCUAUGUGGGAAAUACCUUGGUUCAAUGAAUCUGGGGAGGGUUCUCAGUAGAUAAUGCAACAUUAACACGAUUCUUUGCCUUUCACUUCCUCCUCCCAUUUAUUAUUGCUGCAGCCACCAUUCUCCAUCUUCUGUUUCUUCAUGAAACAGGCUCAAACAACCCCAUAGGACUGAACUCGGACGCAGACAAAGUCUCAUUCCACCCCUACUUCUCUUAUAAAGACCUACUCGGAUUUGCAGUAGUUCUGCUUGCCCUCACAUCCUUGUCGUUGUUCUCCCCCAAUCUCCUAGGAGACCCAGACAAUUUUACCCCCGCAAACCCACUAGUAACACCCCCUCACAUCAAGCCAGAGUGAUAUUUCUUAUUUGCCUACGCUAUUUUACGAUCAAUUCCCAAUAAACUCGGUGGUGUCCUAGCCCUAUUAUUCUCCAUCCUAGUCCUAAUAGUAGUGCCUAUUCUUCACACUUCAAAACAACGAGGCCUAACAUUCCGACCAAUUACCCAAUUUCUCUUCUGAACGCUCGUAGCCGACAUGCUUAUUCUUACAUGAAUUGGAGGCAUACCAGUAGAACACCCAUUCAUCAUUAUUGGACAACUUGCAUCCAUUAUUUAUUUUACAUUAUUUCUAGUCCUAAUUCCACUGGCGGGAUGACUAGAAAACAAGGCAUUAGAAUGAGCCU